GAAUAUUCAGAUAAUAAUGAUGAUGCCAAUGAGAGUGAAUUUGAACGCUAUACUGAAUCCACUGAAUAUAAUGAAAAUGAACCGUCUGAAAAUAUUGAUAAUGAAAAUGAUUAUAUCGAUAGUGAUGAUGAAAAUUACCAUGUCGAUAGUAAUGAUGAAAAUUAUCAUGUUGAUAGUGACAAUGAAAAUUACCAUGUCGAUAGUGAUAUUGAAAAUAAUUCUGUUAGUGAUAACGAAGAUGAACACAAAAAUCUUGAAGAUCCUGAAAGUAUACUUGAAAAU